CACCUGUGUUCUGCCCUGUCAAACCAGUUAAAGGCGGCUGGAGGGCGCGGGAGGCCUUCCUCCCCCCCUGCGACCGUGUCAGCAGCUCGCCUUCACCGCUGCGGAUGUCUCCGCUUUGACAGGCCCAUGUCUGGCAGCCCCCACACGCUUCUGCUCUUCUUCGCCUUCAGCGGACGCACGGCCUCACUCGGCCCAGAAAGGCCAGACUCGGAGUCCCCUCCCCGCCCCCCCUUCACCCCGGCCUCCGGUUUUCCCGUGGGUCUCGUCGAGCGUGCUGUUCCAGCCUGUUAAUGUCGUUCAUGCGGGUCACAGCAAAGAUGGAGUGUGCGUGGAAGCCAGACGAGCAAGGACUCCAGCAGAUUUUACAGCUGCUCAAAGAGUCCCAGUCGCCGGAUACAUCCACGCAAAGAUCCGUCCAGCAAAGACUGGAGCAGCUGAAUCAGUUUCCCGACUUUAACAACUACUUGAUAUUUGUUCUGACCAAGCUCAAAUCAGAAGACGAGCCCACUCGCUCCCUGAGCGGCCUAAUACUGAAGAACAACGUGAAGGCUCACUAUCAGAAUUUCCCUCACGGCGUCUCAGAUUUCAUUAAGAGCGAGUGCCUCCAAAACAUCGGAGACUCCUCGCCGCUCAUCCGUGCCACCGUGGGUAUUCUGAUCACCACAAUUGCAUCCAAGGGAGAGCUGCAAAACUGGCCGGAGCUUUUGCCCAAACUGUGCCAGCUGCUGGAUUCAGAAGACUACAACACGUGUGAGGGGGCCUUCGGAGCCCUGCAGAAGAUCUGCGAGGACUCUGCCAAGAUCCUGGACAGCGACACGCUGGAUCGUCCCCUCAACAUCAUGAUCCCCAAGUUCUUGCAAUUCUUCAAGCACAGCAGCCCCAAGAUCAGGUCUCAUGCCAUCGCCUGCGUGAACCAGUUCAUCGUCAGCAGGACUCAGGCCCUCAUGCUACACAUCGACGCUUUCAUCGAGAACCUGUUUGCGCUGGCCACUGACGAGGAGCCCGAGGUGCGCAAGAACGUGUGCCGAGCGCUCGUCAUGCUGCUGGAGGUGCGCCUGGACCGACUGCUGCCGCACAUGCACAACAUCGUCGAGUAUAUGCUCCAGAGGACCCAGGACCAGGACGAAAACGUGGCGUUGGAGGCCUGCGAGUUCUGGCUGACGUUGGCCGAGCAGCCGGUGUGCAAAGAGGUGCUGUGCGGACACCUCUCCAAGCUCACUCCGGUGCUCGUCAACGGGAUGAAGUACUCCGAGAUCGACAUCAUCAUGCUCAAGGGCGACAUCGAGGAGGACGAGGCCAUCCCCGACAACGAGCAGGACAUCCGCCCUCGCUUCCACCGUUCCCGCACGGUCGCCCAGCAGCACGAGGGCGACGGCAUCGAGGACCGGGACGACGACGACGACCUGGACGACGAUGACGACGCCAUAUCUGAUUGGAACCUGCGUAAAUGUUCAGCGGCGGCGCUGGACGUCCUGGCCAAUGUGUUCCGGGACGACCUGUUGCUGCACAUUCUGCCGCUUCUCAAAGAACUGCUCUUUCAUCCCGAGUGGGUCGUCAAGGAGUCGGGCAUCCUCGUGCUGGGAGCCAUAGCUGAAGGCUGCAUGCAGGGAAUGAUCCCGUACCUCCCCGAGCUGAUUCCCCACCUGGUCCUGUGUCUGUCGGACAAGAAGGCACUGGUGCGCUCCAUCACCUGCUGGACGCUGAGCCGCUACGCCCACUGGGUGGUCGGCCAGCCCCCCGACGUCUACCUGAAGCCCCUCAUGACCGAGCUUCUCAAGCGCAUUCUGGACAGCAACAAGCGUGUGCAGGAAGCCGCUUGCAGCGCCUUCGCCACCUUGGAGGAGGAGGCGUGCACAGAACUGGUGCCCUACCUGGCGUUCAUCCUGGACACGCUGGUGUUCGCGUUCAACAAGUACCAGCACAAGAACCUUCUCAUCCUUUACGACGCCAUCGGAACCCUCGCUGACUCGGUGGGACACCAUCUGAACAAACCGGAGUACAUCCAGAUGUUGAUGCCUCCUCUGAUCCAGAAAUGGAACCAGCUCAAGGAUGAAGACAAAGACCUCUUCCCCUUGUUAGAAUGUCUGUCCUCUGUGGCUACGGCCCUGCAGAGCGGCUUCCUGCCCUACUGCGAGCCGGUCUACCAGAGAUGCGUCAACCUGGUCCAGAAGACCCUCGCUCAGGCCAUGCUGUACCAGUCGCAGCCAGAGCAGUACGAAGCGCCAGACAAAGACUUCAUGAUUGUGGCUUUGGAUCUCCUCAGCGGCCUGGCCGAGGGUUUGGGAGGCACCAUUGAGCAACUGGUUGCCCGCAGCAACAUCCUCACCCUCAUGUACCAGUGCAUGCAGGACAAAAUGCCUGAAGUGCGUCAGAGUUCCUUCGCUCUGCUGGGGGAUCUGACCAAGGCGUGUUUCCAGCAUGUCAAACCGUGCAUUGCUGACUUUAUGCCCAUACUGGGUACUAAUUUAAACCCUGAGUUUAUAUCCGUGUGCAACAAUGCAACAUGGGCAAUAGGAGAGAUAGCCAUACAAAUGGGGCCUGAAAUGCAGCCGUAUGUUGCCGUGGUGCUGCACCAGCUGGUGGAGAUCAUUAACAGGCCCAAUACGCCAAAGACGCUUCUGGAAAACACAGCAAUAACAAUUGGUCGUCUUGGUUACGUUUGUCCUCAAGAGGUGGCACCCAUGCUACAGCAGUUUAUAAGACCCUGGUGCACCUCCCUGCGCAAUAUAAGAGACAACGAGGAGAAAGACUCUGCUUUCCGAGGAAUUUGCACCAUGAUCAGCGUCAACCCGGGAGCCGUCGUACAGGAUUUCAUCUUCUUCUGCGACGCGGUGGCGUCCUGGGUCAACCCCAAGGAAGAUCUGCGAGACAUGUUCUAUAAGAUCCUUCACGGCUUUAAGAACCAGGUGGGCGAGGAGAACUGGAGGCGCUUUUCCGACCAGUUCCCCAUGCCGCUAAAAGAGCGCCUGGCAACCUUCUACGGGGUUUAAAAGGGGCGGGGGGGUCAGUCUGCUAGCUCGUCCCUACUCCAGAAUAUUCUUCUGAAAUAACACGAUCCAUAUUUGCUCAUGAGUGCGGACUUUUGUCUGUUUCCACGCAGGUCUUUGAUGUCAGGAGACAGCAUAGGGAACCUCUUUUACCCAGGGAACACCACGUCCUUUAGCAGGGGGGAGGAUCUGCCUGACGAGGGGAGGGGGAGGGUGCGCCGGGCCCCUUUCCCCCUCACCUGGAGGAACGGGGUGGGAGGGUGGCGGCACUCCCGGUGGGCCCGCGCGGGGGCCGGGGAGAUCCGAGGGGGAACCGACCGGCCAGAAACAAACACGGGAGGACAAAAUAACCAAAAGUCACCAGUCAUUAUCAUGACGUCAUUGUUUUUCCUUUGAGGUUCCGCAAAUUCUGACCUAUUUCGUGGCUGUAUCUAAUAAAGCGGAACUCGCACCGCAGUGUUACGCAACAAGCGUCCACGCGCGACCGGGCGAAAGGAAGAUCCUUUUGAAAUGAUCGAUUUUCUCUAGUGGUAGAAAAGUAGGGAAUUGCCUGAGUUGAAAUGCGAUGAGAAGAAAGGCAGAAUUGUACGAGAGUAAAGUCUGAUUUUGUGCAUGAAUAGCUGUCAUUUCUACGGAAAUGUUACGGAAAUAAAUACAAAUCAUAAAUAAAGGGGUCAUUUUAAGAUGAAAGUUAAAAUUUGACAUUAAUUUGUACUUUUAUGACAAUCCAGCUGUUGUUAAAUAAAAUAGUCGCAGUUUUAUAUAAAUUGUCAUAUUUUUAAGAUAAUGAAAGUCCUAAUUUUACGAGAAUAAAAUCGUAUUUUGUGCAAAAAUAGUUAUCAUUUUACAAAAAUGAAGCUGUAAUUUUACAAGAGUAAAAUCGUAAUUUGACAUGAAUAGUUGUAAACUGUACGAGAAUAAAGUCUUCCUUUGACAAAAUAGUUGUAGUUGAACAAAAAUGAAUCCAUAAUUUUACAUGAGCAAAAUUGUAAUUUUAACGAAAAUGAAAGAAUGAUGCCGUAAUUUCUCAAAAAUUUGAUGAAAAUAUAGCCCUGAUUUUGUUAAAACAGUCGUACUUUUACGAAAGUAAAGCGGUAGCUCUUCACGGAUAAAAUUGUAAUUUAAUAUCAAUUCGGUAAAACUAAAAUCAUGAAUACAUAAUUUUGUCAUUUGACAAGAGUGAAGUCAGUUUUACGUGAAAAUAAAGCCAUAAUUAAGCUGUAAAUAAAUAAUUAAGCCGUAAAUUAAUAAUUUUGUCAUUAAAAUAGUAAAUAAAUAAUUUUGUCAUUUUACAAGAGUAAAGUCAGUUUUACAUGAAAAUAAACCCGUAAUUUUACAAAAACGAUUUGGAAUUUUAUGAAAAUAAAGCCUUUAAUUUUACAAUAAUAAAGUCAGAAUUUGACAAUGUCUGAAUUUUAGAAACAUAAUGUCACUAUUGAGGAUAAAGUUGUCAUUCUAUACAAAUAUAAACAAUUACAACAGUUGCAACUGUGAGAAUAAAGUAGGAAUAUUACGACAUUUGUGGAUAAUCUGACAUUUGCACGUUAAAAUGACAAUUUUUAUUUUUGCGAUAUUUGUUGGAAAAAGUACGACAAUUUUUUUUCUCGUAACAUUAUGACUUUUUGUCGCCCUAUUCCGACUUUACGCCAAUGUUUCAGAAGAGCACGGUUGGUUUGGGAAAUCAUGUAAAAAAACAUUUUUUAAAAAAAACUGCUAUUAAUGAUAAUAACGAUGUUACCGUGACUUUUUCCCCGAAGCUUCUUUCUUCGUGUUGUCUGAUCUUAGUUGUCGUGUCUUGUGCAUGACGUCGAGGAUGAGUAUUUUUGGGGGAGGUGUUGUUUUGCUCUCGUCUCGUGCAUGUCGGUGGCCCCUCGCAUUUAGCGCGGAAUUAACGGUAGGGGUGGGCGGGUUAGGAAAAUGUCUCACACCACUGGGACUUUGUGCAACGUCAUUUUGCUGGAGUGUUUCCCCCUCCCUAUAGCCUCGGUUUGGAAAUACUGUGAAACUCAAUGUGUUUUAAACAGCCUGAAUGUAUUCCGUGAUGAUUUGGAAUCAGUAAUUGUUGUUAUUUUUAUUUUUUUUCCCCUCCCUCCGUCCCUCCCUCUGCUGGCCAGAGUAAAAAUUGCAGUAUUUUAAAAAAUGGAAAUUGGAGAUUAUGAGAAGUGAUGCUGUUCAAAUGUUCAAUUUUUAGGCAAAAAAGAAAAAAAUCGUUUUUCUUCAUUUUAUGGCCAAAAAAGAAAUAGUGGAACCUCUAAAGUCCAACACAGGACGAUGUUCGGAUUAGAUUUUUAAUCCCCCACCCCCCUCAUUUUUAAACUGUCGCCACCGUAAAAGCUAUAGUAACUUUAUAUUCUUAACUGCAAUAAAAGCGUAAUAAUACUUACUUUGGUUAACAAUUUUGGAUACGAUUUAUUUUAUUGUACGACUGUUGACUGUCAGUCGAGACAUGGUGGAAUCUUAAUAGUAACGUUUUAACAUUUUUAAGUGUCACAUACAGGUGUGGGAAAAAAAAUUGAAAGUUUUUGGCCAAACUCUUGCAGACAAUGGUGGUUCCAAAGUGUUAUUUAUUUACUUUUUUUUAAUUAUUAUCUGAAGGUAUGACCAUUCAGUGCUGGCUGAGAUGUGACUGAACCUUUUUUUUUUUUUUUUUUUUUUUGUUUUUGUAACAAUUAAAGUUCUUAACCAUCAUCCAAGCGUGAAAAGAACUUGGGACUUUUAAAGGGUUAUUUUUCCGUACAAUUUUCGUCACAAUUUUUAUAUAUAUAUAUUUUUUUUUAUUUGAAGGUACGACCAUUUGCUGUUAGCCGAGAGCAUGACAGAAUAUUCUUGGUAACAUUUUAACAUUCUUAACUAUCAUCCACGCAUAAAAGAAAAAGUUGCAAAUUUUAAGGCAUAUUGUAGCUUACGAUCGUUAUUUAUUUAUUUACAUUUUUUUAAAAUCUGAAGGAACAACCAUUCAGUGUUCGACGACACGUGGCAGAAUCUUUUUAGUAACAUUUUAACAUUCUUAAAUGUCAUACAAGAGUGAAAAUAAGUCCCAAAUUUUGUGGCAAAUUUUGCAGUCCAUUUUAGUUAUUUUUUUUAAAUUUUUUUAUUUUUUUUGGAAGAUGCGACCAUCGAGUCGUAGCCGAGACACGACUGAAUCUUUUUAGUAACAUUUUAACAUUCUUAAUCCGGUAUAUGUGCAUACCACGUAAAAGCACUUCCGCCUCGCUCGGGCGAAUGGGGAAGGGGACCGUUUCAAAGUACCUGUAGCAAGUUUGAACGUCUACAAUGUCGUUUUUUCAACACAAGAUGUCAUCACAGAGCCCUCAAAGAUGACAAAAGACAUGUAUCAUAUCAUAAUUGUAUAAAGAAAACAAAGUUUUGGCAAGUUUGGAUUCAAACCUUAAUGUAAUCAAUCCUAGUUAUGAUCGUUAGCAUAGCAUACACAGGAAGUCAGCUAUCCCCUGUACCGCCUUGGUCACGUGACGUUCCGCAUAUAGCAGAUUGUCAUACAAGCGUGAAAAUAAGUCGCAACUUUUUUCGGCAAAUUUUUGCGGUCAAUUUUAGUUACGAUAUACAUUUCCAUUUGAAGGUCUGACCGUUCCGUGUUAGCUGAGACGGAAUCUUUUUCGUAACGUUUGAACAUUCUCAACUGUCAUACUUCGGGAACGCCGAAGCUUUGCGGGACUCGCAGUAGGAGGCGUCGUUUACCCAAACGGUAGCGUUGGACUUUCGAGGUUCUUGGCAGCGCGCAGUGGAAUACUCAAAGAGGCCAAUCCUCGUGUGUACGUCACUUUUUGUCCGUCACAUUCCGAGUGUUGUGCUCGCUGCUCAAUGUCGCGUGUGCGUGCGUGCGUGUGGUGGUUUUAUUACUUGAAUAUGUGUUUUCUACAUGUGAUCCUCAGGUUGUCUGUGUUUGCUGUUUUUUUUGUUGUUGUUGUUUUUGUUUUGCCCCCACCCACUGUCACCCCCCUUUCCUGUGCAUAUAGAACUUUUUAAACGUUCUCAACGGUCACCCAAGUGUAAAACAAAUGCUAACCCCGGUUACAACGGUUGAGCGUGAUCUCGCUGACGAGCCACAGUGUGGCCAAAUGUAUAAAGUUGGAACUUUACGAAACUAAAGGCAUAAUAUUAAGAAAAUAAAGCCGUAAUUUUUCAAGAAGAGUCAAUCAUUUUAUGAGACUAAAGCCGUCAUUUUACCAACAUAAAGCCAUAAAUUUAGGAGAAUUGUCACCAUUUUACAGGAAUAAAAAUGUAAUUUUACAUAAAUAUAGUCAUACUUUUAGAAUAUACUCAGCAUUUUACAAUAAAGUUGUCAUUUAACGACAAAAAAGUCAUAAUUCUACAGUAACAGUUGUACUCGUCUAAGCAUAAAUCCGUCAUUUUGCAAAAAAGUUAAUUGAACAAAAUUAAAUUUGUAAUUUUAUCAUAAAUUUAUGAUAUGAAAUAUAAAGUUGGAACUUUACGAAACUGUCAUUUUUAUGAAAAUAGAAAUUUUUCAAGCGUAGUUGGCAUUAUAGGAGCAUAAAACCUUAACUUUACUAUUAUCUAGUCGUACUUGAAUGAGAUUAAAACCACCACAUUACGAUAAAGUUGUCAUUUAAUCAGAAUAAAGUUGUAAUUUUACCAAAAUAAACUGAAUAAUUUUAACAGAUUAAAAUAUCAAUGUCAUGAGAAUAGUCAUGAUUUUUCAGUAGGUUGCAAUGUUCUGAGAAUAAAGAAAUUGGUUACCACCUGAACAAAACUAAAAUUGAAAUUUUGCAAUAGUCAGAAUUUCAGAAAAUACAAGUUGGAACUUUAUGAAAAUAGUCAUAAUUGUACUAAAUUAGUCAUCAUUUUAUAGAAAUAAAUCCAGAAUUGUUUUAUCAAUUUGAAAAUAAUUUUAAGAAAAUUAAGUCCUUAUUUUACGUUAACGUAGUAAUUUUAUGAGAAUAAAGACAUUUUACAUUAAUGAAGUUGUCAUUUAUUGAUAAUAAAGUUGUAGUUUUACAUGAAUGCAGUCGUGUGUAAUUGAACGGAAAUAAAAUCUUCAUUUUACAGUAUUUAUAAUUGCAUGAAAUUUGAAGUUGGAACUUUACCAAAGUAGUCGUCAUUUCUAUCAGAAUAAAACCACAAUAAUACAAGAAUAAAGUCAUAAUUUGACAAGAAUGUCUUUUUUUUUUUUUUUGGUCAAAAGUAAAGUUGGCUAUUAGCUUCCUUUGCACACAACUGAGAUUGGGAACUUGCACGCAUUUUGUGUCAAAAGUGAUGAAACAUAAAGUCAUAUUUAAUGGAGCAAAAACAAACACGCCUUGACUUUUUACAAAAGCUUUACAAAUUUGAAUGUUUGUAUUUUCUAAAGCGCCACUGCCAUCCAGCAGCAUCUCAUCAAAGAGCGUUUUUGUUUAUUUUGAGCAGGGGUGGGCAAAAUUUGGGGCUCAAAAGCCCCUUUUGAUUGUUAAAACGGACGGUAAUUAAAAUAUAUUAAUUAGGAUUAACCAACCCCAAAAAUUCAAUAACAUUUUUUAAAAGUUAAAUAUAAUAUGUAAUUAAUAAGAAAAAUAUAUUAACCAACCCCAAAAAUUCAACAUUUAAAAAAAGUUAAAUGUAAUAUGUAAUUAAUAAGAAAAAAUAAUAAAUACAUUUGAAUUAAUGUCUUUUAUGAGGGGGAAUGGCUAAUUAAUGCCACAAAUAUUACGUGGGCCAUACUUUGCUAAUCCCUGAUUCAGACCAUCUGUCUUGUUUUUUUUCUGCGCUGCUGAAAAAAAUUAAAUUUAUACUUUUUAAUAUCCCACUUUUUUUAGGGGAAAAAAACGUAAGUUAAGACAACAAAUAUUACAUGCACCAUACUUUGCCCACCUGAUUUAGAUGCCUUUUUUUUAUGAGCUGCUGAAAUAAAUAGUUGAAAAUAAUAAUUUCGGGGCCACCAAAUAUUUUGAAUCAUGCAAAGAAUAUACAUUGUACUGUUUUUGUAAUAUUUGUAAAAUGACAUAGUGGUGGGUGUGUGACUGGUUACCAUUGCUUGAAUCUGUACUUUGUUCCAAUAAAUUGUUUACAUGA